UAAACUGGGAUAGUUGAGUGGGAAAGAUGUUUCCAUUGUGGCUCUUCGUGCAGAGUCUUCUACUCAAUGUCUGUGUUGUUUACCUGGUUCCUGUGACAAAGGAAGACACUGAACCCGCUACAUGGGAAGCUCCACUAGAUGGAAACGUGUCUACUGAUUCUGAGGACAUAACAAACGAAGAGCUGACAAAGGCUGAGGAAUAUCUAGAACAAUUCUACUCUGAAGCUACUAGGGCCAGGACACUGGCCAAAAAAAAUGAAGAUAAAAUCAAGGACAUGCAGACUUUUUUUGGCCUUGACGUCACCGGUAAAGUUAACAAGGAAACGUUGCAAGUUAUGCUGAAACCCAGGUGUGGAGUCCCCGAUGUGAAAAGGUUCAGUCUUUUUCCUGGAAAUCCGAAAUGGGAGAAGACAUCACUAAUUUACAGAAUUGUCAACUACACCCCGGACCUCACUAACUCGGACGUAGAUUAUGCCAUUGCCCAGGCUCUCAGGCUCUGGAGUGAGGUCACCCCUUUGAGUUUUCGUCAGUCUUAUAGUGGUGAUGCUGAUAUAAUGAUCUCUUUUGAUUAUAAAGAUCAUGGAGAUUUCUUCCCAUUUGAUGGACCGCUUGGAGUUUUGGCACAUGCAUUUGCACCAGGCCAGGCAAUUGGGGGAGAUGCUCAUUUUGAUGAAGCUGAGACAUGGACACUGGGGCGGCAAGGUACAAACCUUUUCCUUGUUGCUCUCCAUGAAUUGGGCCAUGCGCUGGGUCUGGAACACUCGAAAAAUAAGCUUGCAAUAAUGUAUCCAACGCUUCAAGAUAAUACAUUUGUGUCUCCACCCAGCUUUAAACUUUUUUCAGAUGAUGUUGCUGGAAUCCAAGCCCUCUAUGGAGCAAGAAAACCCAGUGUGCCAAAACCAAAUCCAAUCCCAACAAGGAAACCUCAGCCAAAGCCAACUCCUGCCAAGAAGCCCAAGCCAACGGAUGCCCCCAAAAGUCCAACAGUGCCAGUAAAAUGCGACCGGUCUUUACAUUUUGAUGCCAUCACCAGUAUGAGAGGAGAUUUACUGUUCUUCAAGAAUGGGAUCUUUUGGAGAAAAACCUCAAGGAAGAGUGACAUUGAUACAAUCUCCAUCAAUACCAUAUGGCCAAACUUGGGAUACGUUGAUGCAGCCUAUGAAGUUCCAGAUAGAGAUAUUGUCUACUUGUUCAAAGGCCGACAGUAUUGGGCCACGAGAGGAUUCACCAUGCUGUCGGGAUAUCCUCGAGACAUCUCCAAUUUUGGUUUUCCAAGUUCUGUUAAGAAAAUAGAUGCUGCUGUGUUUCUUAAGGAAGAAAGGAAAGCUAUUUUCUUUGUGAAAGACAAGUACUGGAGCAAUGACCACACAAGUUAUACAAUGGACCCCAAAUCACCACAAAAGAUAAAACAUGACUUUCCUGGAAUUGGGAAAAAGGUGGAGGCUGCUUUCCAGAACUAUGACUAUCUGUACUUCUCUAAUGGAGCCAACCAGAUUGAAUAUAACCCAAGGAGGCAACGAGUUAUUCGCAAUAUUCCGAAUUAUCAAUGGCUGAACUGCAACUGAAGAAGCAAGCCUCCUCAGAUUAACACCUGGAGGCGACUCCAACCCACUGCAUAAUAUAACAUGUAAAACGUGACUGUAAAUAGAUAACAUUAGUUUAUCGUUUCAACUGUGCAAAACACAUUUCCAUACAUGAUACACAACAUAGGACAGAUUUCAGUCUUCAAACGUGUUUCAUAAUUUCAGUUCAUAAAGUAUUUCCUACUGUAAAUGACACAUUGUGACAUGAGUCACAUGACCAUAUAAAAGCACUAGGCUGCAUGUCAGAGGCUUCUCUACAGGUUACAGUAAUCCGACGUGGGUUAAAAAAUUUGACAUGCCGUCGGUAACUAUUGUUUCCACUUGUUGUUCCUGGGAUCAUUGGAAGAUAUUGCAUUAUACUCAAUAAAUGAAACAAGACGGGUUUUAGAAACGAUAAGGUAACGCAACUCAACUCACCCAAAAGCAAAUCACAACAAGAAGUGUGUAUGCCGGCAUCAGAUGCAAUGGGUUCCAUUGUCAUAAACAAUUACAUGUAUGGUACAUGCCACUGGAAAUUGUGACUGUAGUCAAACUUUAAUAAGACCAAGGCACAGCACUGCAAGGUAUAAGGCAGCUUCAGCAGCAUGCAGUAACCAUACAAGAAUGAGCAGUGCUUAGUCUUAACAGACUUCACUAACUUCUUAAACUGGGUACACAAUAUACAGGAUCAAUAUGUAAAACCGGCGGUGGGAUCCUGACCACCAGUCGCCAGCCGCGGGGCAAGCGCUAGAAAGCCCUCUCUGCACUCGCCACGCUGUGGGCACGGUGGCUCGCUGCGCUGCCACAGGAUUUAUUCUCCCUCUAUGGGUGCUGUGGACACCCAUAGAGGGAGGAAAGCCUGUAGCGCCGGGAUUCCGGUGGCGGUAUUUCCCCGCCAGCCGGGACUCCAGCGUCAGCGUUGUGACAUCCAGGAUCCCGACUAAUGGUAUGGUAACCACUUCCCCAAUAUACAAUGCAAUGACGGUUGUUAUAAUUUCACUAAUCGCAGAACACACUAUACUGUACAUUGUGUUGCAGGACUGUAUCUACUUCAUCAUUUCUCCUGUACAUACUAUGCAAUUUUCAUGUAGGUCAGUGCCAACAUGUUGUGGGGGUGGUAUCAAUAUCCCAGCAAUUGAAAUCCAGACGGUUGGCAAUGGGAACCCAACGGCAUCUGAAGGUUACUUAGAUGUCCGAUGUUCACACAGGUGAUCCAUUGGCUGCAUCCUUGUACAGAGCAGAACACAGAAGAUGCAUUAGCAUAAUUUAGCAGUAGUGGGCGUGGCAACCAUCGCAGCUGCUACUCAGGGUCGGCAACAGAAAUCUUUGGGCCCCAUAUAGUGAUAGCUGUGGGGCUCCCUCAGAUUUUAUAUAUAUAUAUAUAUAUAUAUAUAUAUAUAUAUAUAUAUUUAUAUUUAAGCACAACAGAGUUUGCUGCAAUAUAUAUAUGAAACUGUUAUAUAUAUAUAUAUAUAUAUUAUCUCCUUCCUCCACCACAUACACCACAGUCUGUGUCUCCCUCUCUACUUACUCCCACACUCCCCCACCCCAUGUCAAAGCCUUGUAUCCCCUCACCAAUCCACUCUUUUCCCUGGGAAGAGACUUCCCAGUAUCCAGACCCGAACACCGCACAGCAGGAACCAUGCGACCCUCACACCCCACCAGAAGAGGCCAGCGCAGGGCACAGGAAUCCUGCCCAGAGGAGCUGCUGCCAUGUCCCGUAACUGCCUUCAACAGAGCCAGACCCGGACACUUGUGCCACACAGUCACUGUGUGUGAGAGGCUCCUGUCACUCUGAGGUUACGCCCACAUCGCCUACAGCUCACUGCCCUAUUUGGAUAAGACGGUUCACAUCUCUGCCAGGCACUAAGCAGCAUAUACUUGGGGCCCCUCUGAUCCUUGGGGCCUGGUACAGGUGUCCCCUUUGACCCCCCCCUGUUGCCGGCCCUGCUGCUACUGCUUGCUAUAUAACUUAGAAUCAGGCCCAAUGUGCAUUGAUGUUUGCAUUAACUCAUAUCACUUGCUUGAUUGUAAGCUCUACCUUUCUAUGACUCUUUGAUUGUAAACUAUCUAGAAAGAUUGUAACUUCUGAACUUGUAUUAAAAAAUAUACAUCUAAA